CAGAAGAUAAACCCUUCGCAAGUCGCAACGGUAUCUCUGUCUCUUUUUCUCAAUCUCUGUACGCGAAAAUGGGGACGCUGCUUGACUCGACCACUUCCAGAGUUCUCUCGCUCUUUCCACCAAUUUCUAGGGUUUCCCCCCUGGCCGUCUCUUCUUCUUCUUCUAUGCGGAUUUUCCGAUCGUUCUUUAAUCCCGCGGUUCUGUCUUGCUCUUACCAACGGUCGCCUUCUCGCCUCUGUUUCUCGGCGGCAGAGUCUCCGGAUGUUGUCUCCGGUGAAGAAGAGGAUGAAUUCGUGGAAUUCGAUGAGAAAUUCGAGGAUAACUACGAAUUCGCUUCGGAUAACGAAGAUUACUCCUUCGAUGUUGCCAUGUUUGAAAAGGAAGCGGAGGAGGUUGUCCGGGAUUACACGUCCUCUCUGUCUCAAGAACUAAAAUUAGAAGAUGAGAAGAAUGGGGGGAAGGAAUCACGUAGAAAGGAGAUAAGGCUUGCAAAGAAUUCGCAGAUCCCAGAGCAUCUUCUCCCGAGGGUUGCAAUAGUUGGAAGGCCGAAUGUUGGAAAAUCAGCAUUAUUCAACCGCCUUGUUGGGGAAAAUAGAGCUAUAGUUGUGGAUGAACCUGGGGUAACUAGGGAUCGCUUGUAUGGUAGAUCGUAUUGGGGUGACCACGAAUUUGUGGUAAUAGAUACAGGAGGCGUUCUGACAGUUUCGAAGUCACCAGCUGGCGUUAUGGAAGAGCUCAAUAUAACAACCACCGUCGGUAUGGAUGGUAUUCCGCAAAGCUCCAGGGAAGCAGCUAUUGCAAGGAUGCCUUCCAUGAUCGAGAAACAAGCUACCGCAGCUGUGGAAGAAUCUUCUGUCAUUGUAUUUGUUGUCGAUGGCCAGGCAGGGCCAACAGCUGCUGAUGUGGAAAUAGCGGAUUGGUUGCGGAAGUACUACUCGCAUAAGGUUAUCAUUCUCGCAGUGAACAAAUGCGAGUCUCCACGUAAAGGACUCAUGCAGGCUUCAGAAUUUUGGUCUCUGGGGCUCUCACCUCUCCCUAUAUCAGCGGUAUCAGGAACUGGAACUGGGGAGCUUCUUGAUCUUGUUUGCUCAGGCCUAAAUAAAUUUGAGAGUGUAGCGAACAUGGAAGAAGAAGAAGAAAAGAACUAUGUUCCUGCCAUUGCAAUAGUUGGCCGGCCUAAUGUUGGCAAAAGUAGCAUCUUGAAUGCGCUUGUUGGGGAGGAUAGAACAAUUGUCAGCCCUGUUAGUGGUACUACUCGGGAUGCUAUAGAUACAGAAUUUACAGGACCAGACGGGCAGAAGUUUCGGCUUAUAGAUACAGCUGGAAUCAGGAAAAGGGCGGCAGUGGCUUCAUCAGGCAGCACCACAGAGGCUUUGUCGGUGAAUCGUGCAUUCCGUGCUGUUCGUCGUUCAGAUGUUGUUGCUCUUGUCAUCGAGGCCAUGGCCUGUAUCACAGAGCAGGAUUUCAAGAUUGCGGAAAGAAUAGAAAAAGAGGGCAAAGCAUGUCUGGUCGUCGUCAACAAGUGGGAUACAAUACCGAACAAAAAUCAACAGACUGCAUCGCUGUAUGAGGAGGAUGUCCGGGAGAAGCUCCGUAUCCUCAACUGGGCACCUGUUGUUUAUUCAACUGCGAUAACUGGCCAAAGCGUCGAGAAUAUUAUAAUGGCAGCUGAGACAGUUGAGAAGGAGAGAUCAAGAAGGCUUAGCACUGCCAUAUUGAAUCAAGUGGUACGAGAGGCAGUGGCGUUUAAAGCCCCGCCAAGAACCCGAGGAGGCAAGAGAGGACGUGUUUACUAUUGUACCCAGGCUGCGAUAAGGCCACCGACAUUCGUUUUCUUCGUUAACGACGCGAAGCUUUUCCCAGAAACGUACCGUCGUUACAUGGAGAAACAGCUUCGUACAGAUGCAGGAUUUGCCGGAACACCGAUACGGCUUCUUUGGCGCAGCCGUAGGAAAUCAGAGAAGAACGCAGGUCGACCAGCGACGCGAAUGACGACUCUUGGACGUGAAAGAAAACUAGCAACGAAAGAGACCUAACGACUGCUCGGUCGAUACACUCCCACGUUUGGAGGGAUCGGAGAAAGAGUUACGGAGAAAUACUCGUCCGAAACAUUCGUUCACCACAAGGCUGGUUGCGGGUAGGAGUUUCUUGUCGGAAUUCUGGUUCAGAUUUUCGGGUGAUGGAACGAUUACAAGCUCCAGCUUUUUUUCGGGCUGCUUAUAACUACUACUGCUAUCUCGGUAAGUAUGCUUCUUGUGAUCCCAGGCCUCAAGAAACAUGUCGAACGAAGAUCUUUAGGUCUCACGUUCUUGUCUGUAUGCAUUACUUUCUAUAAAAUCGAUGUGUUCGUAUGCGGUUUGGUUGUAUGUAUUACUUUGUAUAAACUCAUUACGAGAAAAUAAUCAUUUACUUUCUCAAAAUGCUAUGAAAUAGAAUUGGUUGUAAUCUCUGA